GGUGCGUUUGUUGUGAUCACAUCGUUCGUCACACAUACACCAGUAGGCGGAGUGACGAGUUGGCAAUAGAAAAUUGGGAACCCUCUGCAUCCCGAGCAAGUGAAUUGGACCGAUUGCCAGUUUGGACGCCACCAGAAUGGCGAAGAGCUUAGAUUUACUGAACAUCGAUGUGGAUCAACUGUUCAAGCAGCACAAUGUAGCCGAAAUCGAUUUAGUGCACAAGCGGGUGCUGAACGAGAUUGAGCUGAAGCGCGAGGAACUUCGCACGAUGGUUGGUGAACGCUACCGUGAUUUGCUGAAGGCGGCAGAUACGAUCGGUGACAUGAAGCAGACGGCCGGUUCCAUCAUUGGCAAUGUCGACCGCAUCACGGCCCGCUGUCAGCAGCUGAACGAUCACAAUCUGAUUGGCUUUCGCACCGGCACCGACUACCAGCGGAUGCAGAAGAAGCACCGCGAUCACAACUUUCACGGUGUGAUUGUGCAGAUUAAGCUGCUGACCAGCCUGCCCGAGAUGAUUUGGAGCCGUAUCGAUCGGGAGGACUACUUCGUGGCGACGCAGCUGUUCAUUUUUGCCCGGCACAUCUCGACGGGGUUGAGCCUGGACACGGAACGGGAAAUGAUGCGCAAAUUCCCCGUCGCCGCCAAGCAGUGGCAGGUGCUGAGCCAGUUUUUCUUCACCAUCGAGGCAGCGUGCCGGGAGUCGCUGGGCCGCGAGGAGCUUUCGGUUGCGGUGGUUUCCAAGAGCUUGGCCAGCUGGCUGCUGCUGGAGUCGUGUCCGGUAGAGCAGACCCUGUCCAUGUUUACUGAGCGGCGCUCGAAAGCGUUCCUCGACGUGCUGGAUGAAAAUGAAACCGUGUACGAGAAGGUGAAGGAUAAGCUGCUGGCCAGCUUGAAGGUGUUGAUCGGUACGGUGCGCCUGUUUUACGAGUGCUUCGUCGACGACGGCACUGCGGAGGCGGACGGUGUUCAGGGAGGGUUUCAGCGCGAGCUACAGCACAUUACCGGGGAUAAAGCGGCACCAACGAUCGGAUUGAUACGGUCGGAGGAUCCGAUGAUUAUGCAGAUGGUUCCGGAAAUGAUUGCAAAAUUCCGGCCCCGAUUGGAGCGAAUCGAUUUGGCGGAAGAGAACGUGCGGACUGCAGUAAGUGCUUUUCUGCGCAGCAUCGAAACGACAGUUGCCGGUCGGCUGAAACGCUUGGUCAGUCUGGUGCCGUCGAUAAAAACGCUGCAUGAUAUCAAGAGGCAGGCUAUCGCGCUGGAUAAACCGUCCAACUGGAGUGCCGUCACCGCAAAGCUAGGACUAUCGGAAGGGACCGAUUUCUACGCCACCUUCUACCAGCGACUCAUAAACGAUCGCAUGCAAAGCAUCAUAAAGUCAGCGUGGACCGAAACGGUGCAGAAAACUCGCUCGGACUUGCUGGAAUUGCUGGCCGGCAAUCCGGGCGAUUUGAAAGCAUUCGUGUGGAAGGAAUCGCUCGACGACGUGCCGAUGAAUCUGGAAACUGCACUCGAUCGAUCGAAUCCAUCCACACGCAAGCUGCUCAUGAAGGCACACGGGUACACACCGGCACUGGUUGCACUCAUCGGUUCACUGAACGGGCGUCUGCAAACGUUAACCCGUGACGUUCGUUCGUUUCUUUCUUCCUCAACACGGUCCGAGGUGGACGAAAUGUUAGCCUAUUUCCGGCAGUGCUGCGUGGACGGUGUAGCCGAGCUGAUAACGGCCACCAAGUCAGCUGAGUUUGAUCCGACCGCCGAACGGUACGCACUGCUAGCACGUUUUCUCACCGCCGUCCGGGAGCUUUGUCCGGCGCUGCGCGAAUGUUUCAUUCCCACGACGAUCGGUCUGGCGGAUAGUUGGCACGCGGGACGAACAUCCUCAUCGACCGUCGCCAUGCCUGAGGAGGAUCCGGAGCGAUGGGCCAAGGUGGCCGGGCUGCUCGAGGAUGAGAGUUUGCAGUGCUGGACGCUGUGGGUGGAACGAUUCCAGCAACGGUGGCCCACACUCUCCGCCGACGUCGGGUACGAUGCGCUGCUGAACGAUUUCCCCGUCUGGGAGACGGUUACGAUCGAGGAGAACGAUGAAAACAAUCAACCAAUUCAAUCGACCAUUCGCGUACCGUCGCAACCGAGCUUCCCGGUGCAGAAGUGUCUCCAUCACGUGUACGAGCUGCUGAACGAAGCCAUCCCCCAGACCAUUCCGCGCCCGACGAUGCUCGACAUCGUGGAGCGGCUCGCAACGAUGCUGCUAAAGCACUACGACGUGCUGGCCGGGACGGAAUUCGUGCAGCAAAACCAAUCCCUAGCCCUGCAGUACUAUCUCGACGUUCGUUUCCUGCAGCUGCUGCUGAUGGGGCGCGAACAGAAGCAGCUGAACGAGCGCUUCAACGAACUGGUGGGCCGUUUCAAAUCGUACAUCGAUCCGUUCGAUUUUGACGUGUUUUAUGGCCAUCUGAACGCGAACGUGAAACGAUCCAUCUUGAAGCUGCAGCACUUUCUGGGCGCACUCAUAUGUCACAGCGAGCAGCUCGGCACGAUUGUGGGUCCCAGCGGGGCAGGGACGGAGCCGUUGGACAAAAACCCAAACAUCCUUACGCUCAGCUCGAACAGCCUGAACAUGGUGUGGUUCCCGCUGCUGCCGGUUGUUUGCAAGGACACCGCUUCGGCUACAGCGGGCUCGAGUGGACUGACGACCGCUUCGCUGGGAGGCGAUAGUUUAAAGGAACAACAGAAAGGAAAGUCCGCAUCCGGUGGCGGUGAAUCGGGAAAAUCCACCCUCGGCAGUAGCAGCGGUAACAGUGCUGCUGGGACUACGAAACAAUCCACCAAAGAGGCCACUGCGGGUGGCAGUAGUACGUCUGCUGGUACGGCACAGAACUAUGCCAAGGGUGCGGCUGCCUUCUUCGGCUUAGAUAAGGAUUGGUUCCGAUAAAAGUAAGUUGGGAAGAAAGAAUCAUCAAUGCAACAAGGUAGUAGUAUUUGAAUGGCUUGUUUCUUUUAUUUCCAUUGAAAGCUUUUAAAUGUAUAUUCACUUGCGAGGAAAAUAAUAUAAAACAAAUCUUAACCAUAGAUAGAGAAGGUGCUCUUGUCGUCGUCCUAGUGAAAGAUGUGCGGUGGAUACGAAGAGAGGUGGUUGAAUAGCGAAAGAGAUGGAAAAAUACUGCAGCAGCGGAUUGGUUUCGUGUCUAUUGAGUACUGGUUUGAGUUUAGCUAGCGUGCUAGUUUGCUUAGUUUGUCUUUUGUAGUUGUUUUGUUCCGUUUCGAAGCACAAACCCCGCGUACGAGUGCUUGCGCCACGCAGGAAAAAGCCAACAAUAAAUACAUCGGUAAACGCUUGAAUAAUAA